UUUGGUCUUAGUGAAAAUCCUCAAAGACAAUACCAUGUGAUCUUAUAGAUGCUCUUGUCUCCUUGUAGAUCCAAUGACCCCAUCUUUGUAAUCUUACACUAAAGUAUACCCCUUCUUAUCCAAUCAUUCAAGUGUCAAUACUCAAUAGUAUCUUAAUAUUCAUUUAUCUAUAUAUAUCCAUUGCUACAAGCAUUUAGGACCAACACAAAUCAGUCACAUUCUAAAGCAUUACAAUAACAAAAGCUUUCUCUUGCUUACAAGUCUCCUUUAAAACAACUCCUUUUCAAGUUUUAACACAAAAAUGGGUUUUCGUUUUGCUAGUAUGAUCAGAAGAGCAUCAUCUUCAAAAGCUAUAGCCAUGCCAAAAGGAUAUGUUGCUGUGUAUGUUGGAGAGAAACAGACGCGGUAUGUGAUUCCAAUUUCAUACUUGACUCAACCAUCAUUUCAAGACUUGCUGAGUCAAGCCGAGGAAGAGUUUGGAUACGAUCAUCCGAUGGGUGGCCUCACCAUUCCUUGCACAGAAGAUGUCUUCCAAAUUUCAACGCAUACAACAAUGGGUUUUCGUUUUCCUAGUAUGAUCAGAAGAGCAUCAUCUUCAAAAGCUAUGGCCAUGCCAAAAGGAUGUGUUGCUGUGUAUGUUGGAGAGAAACAAAAGCGAUUUGUGAUCCCAAUAUCAUACUUGAACCAACCGUCGUUUCAAGACUUGCUGAGUCAAGCCGAGGAAGAGUUUGGAUACGACCAUCCAAUGGGUGGUCUCACCAUUCCUUGCACAGAAGAUGUCUUCCAAAGUAUAACUUGUGGCUUGAAUAAUGAGCUAUGAAACUAACACCAAAACAGACAUAGCUUAGUAGAGAUCUUUUUUUUGUAAACUAGGUAUCUUAGAAAAUUGUAAAGAUGGGAAAAUAUGACCAUUAGAUUAACAAACAUAAAGUUCAAUGAAAAUGAAUUCAAGUACUAAAUUCUUAUCUCUGUGUUUUCGGUUUACUGCACUUAAGAACUUUUGAAAUAUGACAAUAUGAGUAAUUUGGCUUGCUAGAAAAAGAAGGAAUAUAUAAUA